UCAAUAAAUAGAUAAUAAAAAUAGGAUAAAAUCAAUGAAUCUAUAAUUUCAGUGUAUUCAAAAUAUGUAAUAGUAGUUUCACUCAUGAAAAACUGGGGGAGCAGAACUAAACUUAAUGCCACUUUUAAGUAGGUCAGACAAAAUGUGCAAUGUUGAAAAUAUCUGUACAAACCAAAACAAAUUUAAUACAAAGGGGCCGCCGACUCCACUCUCGAAAUCCUUUAAUGACAAGAAAGCUGAUGAGAAUGAGUUAUCAAUUGGUUUGAUUAAAUCCGCGAAGAGGACCGGACAACUCAGUUUAUGCAACAGGGGACUGGGGACAGUGCCUGACAAUGUGUGGAAAAUUGAUGAGCUGGUAUUGGAAGAGACCAAGGAGGUUGACUUCACAAGGAAUGAUAAUAGCAUGUGGUGGAAUGCUGAGCCCCUGAAGACCCUUGACCUUAGUUCCAACGUUAUAAAGGUGAUACCAGGCAAUGUCAAGUUUUUGCAACACCUCAUCAAUCUCAAGCUACAUGAUAAUGCUAUCUCAAGCCUCCCACCGGAAUUUGGUGAACUAAAGGGUCUUAUGAACCUGACUCUCUCUCACAAUAGACUAGCAACACUGCCCAAGGAAUUCUAUAAGUUGACGGAGUUGCGCUGUCUGAGCAUAGCACACAAUCAACUUUCAAAAAUAGAACCCGACUUUGGAGAUUUAGUUAUGCUGAACUUUUUGGACUUAUCGCACAACAAAUUGACAGUGUUACCUCCAGGAAUGGGGUAUUUAGUACGCUUAGUGGAACUAAAUCUAUCGCACAAUGAACUACAGGAAUUACCACCUGAUAUUGUUAAUCUUCGAGAUUUGAAGAAACUAAACAUCAGCAACAAUAGCCUAAAGAAAUUACCGCCAUUAGGAGAGCUACGAAAAAUGGAAAUAUUGGACGCGAAUCAUAACGACAUUGAAGAACUACCCGACUUUUAUGGCUGUAAUGCCCUAAAAGAAAUAUACAUGGCUAACAAUUUCAUCAAGAUAAUCACGGACGAGUUUUGCGACCAGAUGCAGCACUUGAACGUAUUGAACAUCAGAGACAAUAAGCUAGAAGUGCUGCCCGAGAACAUAUCGCUAUUACAGAAACUCAAGCGGCUGGAUCUUACUAACAACAAUUUGAAUAAGUUACCGCGAAACCUAGGGCUCCUAUCCCAGCUGCAGAGCAUCAACAUGGAAGGCAACAAGCUGUCGUUCGUCCGCCAGGAUGUGAUCAGAGGAGGCACCGACCGCGUCAUGAAGUUCCUCCGCGACCGCAUCACUGAGGAGGUGGUCAACGAGACCAGGCUUACUACUGACGAGUGGCCUGACAAGUACACGUUAAAGAAAAGUCAAGCGCUAAUGGUCCCGGGACGCGAUCUGACCGCGGUACCCGACCACGUGUUCGCGGCGGCCGCUGAUGCAGAAGUGCAUGUCGUCGACUUCUCUAAGAACAAGCUCAAUUCUAUACCUUCGGGCAUCGUUCAAGUGAGCGACACUCUAACAUCGCUAGUGCUAACAUCAAACAACCUGAUGAACGUGCCUGGCGAAAUCAACCGCUGUCGACAUCUGCAGUACUUGGACUUGGGCAAGAACCUGCUCAUGGAUCUGCCGCCGGAGCUAGGAGACUUGAAGAACUUGAGAGAACUAGUCAUUUCUAAUAAUAAAUUCACGAAGAUACCGAGAUGUGUGUACGACCUAGAGAACUUAGAAAUACUGUUGGCUGCCGAGAAUAAGAUAGACGAGAUCAACGUGUCUUCCGACGCUUUAGCUAAGCUGAAGAAACUGGCAGUCUUGGACCUGAGCAACAAUAGCAUCUUGACUGUACCGCCGGAGCUGGGCAACUUCACACAUCUCAGGAGCUUGGAGCUAAUGGGGAACGUUUUCCGUCAGCCUCGGCACGCCAUACUCGCUAAGGGAACUGCGUCCGUACUCUCUUACCUAAGAGACAGAAUACCCACCAACUAGUUUUAGUCGAUUUUGUGGCCACACCGAAAAGCGUACAUAUUGGAACUUUGUGCAAGUUCGCGUCGAUAUGAGGCUAAAUGAUACCAAAAUUAAAUAUUAGGAAUUAAAGUUUGAAUAAAUGUUUCAAAAUCUGAAUGUUUGUCUUUAGUAAAGAAAGCUUUGAAUUUAAACCAAAACUAUAAAAAAGAUUAUGAAGUCGUUUUAUGAAAAUUUUCAGUAAUACUUGUAGACGAUUUUAAAGUAUUCUCAUUUUUUCACAUUGAUCUUUUGAAACAUGAUCCUUUGCGAACUUACACAAUCUUUCUGUAAGACGUUAAAGUCAUCAGUGUUGCCAUACAAAACAAAACGCAGUCAGCUUAUAAAAGCCAAAUAUUUUCUUUUUUUUUUCGCGUACCUGAUUACGGUAAAUCUUUAUUGCUUUUUUCAAUACUGUUGUUAAAGCCUUUCGUUAUUCUUUUUUUAAUUAUAUUUUUGCUGUUGAUUUAAAUGCAAUUGUUAUUAAAUUAUGUUGCUAACAUAGUUUUUAUUGACAUCUUUGACUAACAUUAGAGACUAUGGGUUGUGAGAUAUUCAGUAUGUCAUAAAAUAUCAAGAAAUUAAUGAUAAGUAACGACGAGUAUUUACAAUUGGUUACUGCAUAGUAAAUAUAUACUUACUCAAUAUGAAUGUUAUUUGCCAAAUGUGAGGAAAUCAUUUAUAUUUUUGGACACAUUGUUUGAAUGUUAUGCAA